GAGGUGCUAAUGAUGCUGGAUAACUAUGUGAGAGAUUUCAAAGCAUUGAUUGACUGGAUUCAACUUCAGGAAAAGCUAGAGAAGACAGAUGCUCAAAGCAGACCAACUUCUUUGGCAUGGGAAGUAAAGAAGAUGUCUCCAGGACGUCAUGUGAUUCCAAGUCCAUCAACAGAUAGAAUAAGUGUAACAUCAAAUGCUCGAAGAAGUUUAAAUUUUGGGGGUUCACCUGGCACAGUAGCUGCUCCCCGUCUGGCUCCCACAGGUGUCAGUUGGGCUGACAAGGUAAAGGCUCAUCACACAGGCUCCCCUGCUUCUUCAGAUGUAUCACCUGCCCAGUCUUGUCCACCAAUAACAGUGCAGAAGACUUCCCGCAAAAAUGAACGGAAAGAUGCUGAAGGAUGGGAGACUGUUCAGAGGGGAAGGCCUGUUCGCUCACGAUCAACAGCAGUGAUGACAAAAGUUUCAGUAGCAACAGAAACAUUAAGGUCAAAGGAUGACAGUGAUAAAGAAAAUAUACAACUUUUACCUGAUGAAAGCAUUGAGAAAGGUGAAUUUGAUGGAGAUGGACCUUCUAAUACUAUAGAAUCUCGGUCCAAAGACUCAUUACACUCUUGUGACCAUCCUCUUGCUGAAAGAACCCAGUUCACAGUGAAUACAUUGGAUGAUGUCAAGAGCUCUCGCAGUAGUACUUUACAAGACCAUUCUCUGCGAACUUCUGAAAUACCUGCUGUUCACAUUGAUACAGAAUGUGUUUCAAUUAUUCAGCAAGCUGAUAUGCCUCCUUUGCAAGCAAAUGACAUAUUUUCAGCAGAGAAAGCAGGGAUAGAGAGUGAAAUGGACCCUUCAGAUAUUUCAAAUGUGAGUGCUGCUAACUUGUCCAUGGCAGAAGUUCUUGCUAAAAAAGAAGAGCUAGCAGAUCGUCUAGAAAAGGCCAAUGAAGAAGCUAUUGCUAGUGCUAUUGCUGAAGAGGAGCAGUUAACCAGAGAAAUUGAAGCAGAAGAAAACAACGAUAUUAAUAUUGAAACUGAUAACGACAGUGACUUCUCUGCCAGCAUGGGCAGUGGGAGUGUAUCUUUCUGUGGUAUGUCUAUGGACUGGAAUGAUGUCCUUGCAGAUUAUGAAGCUCGUGAAACUUGGCGCCAAAAUACAUCCUGGGGGGAUAUUGUAGAGGAGGAACCUGCUAGACCUCCAGGCCAUGGAAUUCACAUGCAUGAAAAACUUUCCUCACCAUCUCGUAAAAGAACAAUUGCAGAAUCUAAGAAAAAACAUGAAGAAAAACAAAUGAAAGCACAGCAGCUAAGGGAAAAGUUACGUGAAGAGAAAACAUUAAAGCUUCAGAAAUUAUUAGAAAGGGAGAAAGAUGUCCGGAAGUGGAAGGAAGAAUUAUUAGAUCAACGACGCAGGAUGAUGGAAGAGAAAUUACUUCAUGCUGAAUUUAAACGAGAGGUGCAGUUACAAGCAAUUGUUAAAAAAGCACAAGAGGAAGAAGCUAAGGUAAACGAAAUUGCCUUCAUAAAUACCCUUGAAGCCCAGAAUAAGCGCCAUGAUGUCUUAUCAAAAUUGAAGGAAUACGAGCAGAGGCUUAAUGAAUUACAGGAAGAACGUCAGCGAAGACAGGAAGAAAAACAAGCACGUGAUGAAGCUGUUCAGGAACGUAAAAGAGCACUAGAGGCAGAACGGCAGGCCCGUGUAGAAGAAUUGUUAAUGAAAAGGAAAGAACAAGAAGCCCGAAUUGAACAACAGAGGCAAGAAAAGGAAAAAGCCCGUGAGGAUGCAGCCCGAGAAAGAGCUAGAGAUAGGGAAGAGCGAUUGGCUGCACUCACAGCUGCUCAACAAGAAGCAAUGGAAGAGCUCCAAAAAAAAAUUCAGCUUAAGCAUGAUGAAAGCAUUCGAAGGCACAUGGAACAGAUUGAACAAAGAAAAGAAAAAGCUGCUGAGUUAAGCAGUGGGCGGCAUGCAAAUACUGAUUAUGCCCCCAAACUGACUCCUUAUGAAAGAAAGAAGCAGUGUUCCCUCUGUAAUGUCCUGAUCUCUUCAGAGGUGUAUCUUUUUAGCCAUAUUAAAGGAAAAAAACACCAGCAAGCCGUAAGAGAGAAUAGCAGCAUUCAAGGGCGUGAACUUUCAGAUGAAGAAGUGGAGCAUCUUUCAUUAAAGAAGUAUAUUAUUGACAUUGUGGUUGAAAGUGCAGCUCUACCAGAACCAUUGAAAGAUGGAGACGAGAGGCAGAAAAAUAAAAAAAAAGCCAAAAAGAUAAAAGCCCGGAUGAACUCCAGGGCCAAGGAAUAUGAGAGUUUAAUGGAAACAAAAAACUCUGGAUCUGACUCACCUUAUAAAGCAAAACUUCAGCGAUUAGCCAAAGAUCUUCUAAAACAACUACAAGUACAAGACAGUGGCUCAUGGGCAAACAAUAAGGUUUCUGCUUUAGAUCGGACCCUAGGCGAGAUCGCUAGAAUAUUGGAAAAAAAGAAUGUAGCAGAUCAGAUUGCAUUUCAAGUUGCUGGUGGAUUAACAGCCCUUGAACACAUUCUUCAAGUAGUAGUCCCAACCACAAAUGUGAACACAGCCUCACGAAUUCCUCUUAAGUCUCUCUGCAAUGCAAUCAAUGUUUACAACCUCACCUGCAGUGACUGCUCAGAAAAUUGCACCGAUGUUCUGUUUAGUAACAAGAUUACCUUCUUAAUGGACCUCCUGAUACACCAGUUGACGGUUUAUGUUCCAGAUGAAAAUAAUGCUAUUUUGGGAAGAAAUACAAAUAAGCAACUUUUUGAAGGUUUGACAACUGGACUUCUCAAAGUCAGUGCUGUGGUUUUUAGCUGCCUGAUUGCCAAUCGACCAGAUGGAAACAGCCAGCCAGAUACACCAAAAAUAUCGACACAGGAAAUGAAAAACAAACCCUCACAAGGUGAUACUUUUAACAGUCGAGUUCAGGACCUCAUCAGCUACGUGGUGAACAUAGGCCUGAUCAACAAGCUUCAUGGCUGCUUCCUCUCUGUGCAAGGCCCAGUGGAUGAGAAUCCCAAGACGGCCACCUUUCUGCAGCAUGCUGCAGGACUCUUGCAUGGAAUGUGCAUGCUGUGCUUUGCUGUCACCAGAAGGUCAAACAGCGUAUUUGACAAUAAUCGCCAGGAUCCCACAGGACUGACCGCUGCUCUUCAAGCCACAGACCUGGCUGGAGUUCUGCACAUGCUCUACUGUGUCCUCUUCCACGGCACCAUCUCGGACCCCAGCACAGCCAGUCCCAAGGAGAGUUACACUCAGAACACAGUCCAAGUGGCCAUUCAGAGCUUACAGUUCUUCAACAGUUUUGCAGCUCUUGAUCUGCCUGCUUUCCAGUCUAUUGUAGGGGCAGAGGGCUUGUCCCUUGCAUUCCGGCAUAUCGCCAGCUCUCUACUGGGCCACUGCAGCCAAGUCUCCUGUGAAAGCCUCCUUCAUGAGGUCAUCGUCUGUGUGGGCUACUUCACUGUCAACCACCCAGAUAACCAGGUCAUCGUACAGUCUGGCCGCCACCCCACGGUGCUGCAGAAACUCUGCCAGUUGCCCUUCCUGUACUUCAGUGACCCACGACUGAUCAAAGUGCUGUUCCCCUCACUUAUCGCUGCUUGUUACAACAACCGUCAGAACAAGAUCAUUCUGGAGCAGGAGAUGAGCUGUGUUUUACUGGCCACAUUCAUUCAGGAUUUUGUACAGACUUCAGGUCAGGCAGAUAACCAGCUUUAUCAGCCCAAAGGAAAAUCCCUUGGUUCCCAAGACUAUCUUGAGCUGGCUAACAGAUUUCCUCAGGAGGCCUGGGAAGAAGCUCGACAGUUUUUUUUAAAAAAAGAGAAAAAAUAA